CUUCCCUCCCUUGAGCCAGAGCACAGUCACUUCCUUCACCAGCCUCAUUCGUGUCGACUGCCCAGAGUCCACGAAUACACCUCUGCACCUUCAACCUAACCACAUAUACAGAGCACAGAUCUACAUUCCAGCAGCCUCCCCUGUACCUGCUCAGACAUGUCGCUCUACAGCUUUGGCCUGGAGCCACUCUCGUGCCACACCUGGAACAAAGACCGGACACAGAUCGCAGUGAGUCAUAACAACAAUGUGGUAAACAUCUACGAGAAGAAAGGCAAAGAGUGGGUGAAGACCCACGAGCUGACAGAGCACAGUGGACGGGUCACAGGCAUCGACUGGGCCCCGGAGUCCAACCGCAUCGUGACAUGCGCCUCCGACCGCAACGCCUACGUGUGGACCCUGAAGGAUGGCGUGUGGAAGCCCACCCUGGUCCUGGUGCGCAUCAACCGUGCAGCCACCUGCGUGAAGUGGUCCCCUCUGGAGAACAAGUUCGCCCUGGGCAGCGGAGCUCGCCUCAUCUCUGUCUGCUACUUUGAGAAGGAGAACGACUGGUGGCUGAGUAAGCACAUCAAGAAGGCCAUUCGCUCCACAGUGAUGAGUCUGGACUGGCACCCCAACAACGUCCUGCUGGCCGCCGGCUCUGCAGACUUCCACUGCAGGGUUUUCUCAGCCUACAUCAAGGACAUCGAAGACAAGCCUGGACCUACUGCUUGGGGGGCCAAAAUGCCUUUUGGGGAGGUGCUGCUGGAGCACAAGGACUGUGGAGGCUGGGUGCACAGUGUCGCCUUCUCCCCCAGUGGGGACCAGCUGGCCUGUGUGGCCCACAACAGCAGCAUCACCGUGGUGGACGCCGCCCAGGGGAAGGAGGUCACCCAGCUGACCACCGACCGUCUGCCACUACUGAGUGUGCUGUAUGUCAACGCAACUGAGCUUGUUGCUGCGGGUCAUGACUGCUGCCCCUACCAGUUCACCUAUAAGGGUCCAGGCGCCGUUGAGUUUGUGAAGAAGCUGGAUAUCCCCAAGCAGACCUCCAAGGGGGGCAUCUCUGCCAUGCAACACUUCCAGAACCUGGACAAGAGGGCCACCGAUGAGGACAGCAACGAGCUGGGCACCCUUCACCAGAACAGCAUCACUCAGCUGUGUGUUGUGUCUGGGGAGAGAGCCAAAGUGCAGAAGUACAGCAGUGUGGGUCUGGAUGGAGCCAUGGUGAUCUGGGAUUUUAAGCAUUGAAGCACCACUGAGGGGUCAGAGACUCAACCCCCAACCCCGGCAUCAAACAUACCUUUAUGCAACAUGACGGCCACCAUGGAACUACUGAAGUGCUUCUGAGCAACUGGAAACUAUAUUUGUCAAUGAAAAACGUUUUGGUAAAUAAAGAGGAUAUUUACAAGGCA